CGACGACACCCCGCCUCAAGUUUCAAAAUGUCCAAGCGCACUCGUAAAGUCGGUGUCACCGGAAAGUACGGCACUCGUUAUGGUGCCUCCCUGCGUAAACAGGUCAAGAAGAUGGAAAUUACUCAGCACGCACGGUACACUUGCACUUUCUGUGGCAAGGAUUCCGUCAAGCGCGAAGCUGUUGGCAUUUGGAAGUGCAAGUCAUGCAAAAAGGUCAUUGCAGGCGGCGCCUGGACUGUCUCGACAACCGCUGCUGCGACCGUCCGAAGGUCAGUACAAUUUCCAGCGUCGCGAUCCUCGUUAGCUCAUAUUACUUGCAGCACGGUUCGGCGGCUGCGGGAGUUGACGGAGGCAUAAGCUUUAUGUGUCACUUUUCUCCAUGCUUUCUUUCUACUGCAUAUGUAUCCACCACGAUGAUCAUAAGGCGCAUGACUUUCAGUAGGCG